AACGUCAGUUCGAUCAGUUUUCUUUUUGCUCACCCACCACUGGUCGUGUCGUCGUCAGGUGUAUCUCUCGCUGGAAAUAUUAUCGUACGAUUUUUGAACCUAGUUUUCGGUGCCGUGUGCGUUUAAAUCGGAUCGAUUUUCUCGGUGAAAUUUACCGCCGCGUUGCGCUGUUCCUGCUGGCAAGUUGAAUCCCACCCUUCAUCAUGUGGCAAUGGCCAAAUUCAGCGGAACAUUCGAUCUGAAAGAGCCUCCACCAUGGCAAAACUGCUGCUACUGUAAUGGUCCUCCUGCUACUUCUGCCAGUUCUACGUCGACGUCUUUUCCUGCUGCUGCUUCCACCUCCGUCGCGACGUCUUCAAAUCCCCGUCAGCAGCCUCAGCUACAGAUACAACAACAGAGUCAGCAGUUACUUUCUUUCAAAUCGCCAGCCGAUUUCGUAAGACACCUUCGCCAGCACCACUGUACUGUGGAAGGAGGGUCCUACGUGUGUCGUUAUGGCUAUAACGAGGUCUGUGCAUCGCUUCCACUGGACGGAGUCAGUGAUAGGGAUUACGAAAUGCACGUCAAUCGCUGCCACGUGAACCAGCAACAGAAAGAGUCCCAGAUCAAGUGGUCGGUAUUCUCGGCGGCUCAGAACCUGCCAGCAGUGCUAAACGAUCCCAGCCGUAGCAAGCAGACUCACUUCUUUACCAAAAAAUGGGGCGAUGCCUUUGUGGAGCAUCAAUCGAUCGGAACGUCACCGCAGCUGCCCGACAUCAAAUGGGACCAUUUUGAUUUCUAUCUGAAACGGAUCGGUAAACGCUAUCGGGUCCACAAUCGAAUAGCGAAAACUGCCCUUCCGAGUAGUACUAGUCAAGGCCAACAGCCGGUCGUGAGUGAUCGUCUACCGAAUGGGGCCAUCGCCAAUCUGAAAGACAUUCCCGAGGUGUUUCUGAAGCACAACUUGGAACUGCACAGCCCGGCCUCGUUUGCGGCGGUCUUUCCCGGCAUCGGGAACGAUGGUGAACAAGCGAAACAGUCGAGCCGCUUACUGCAGGAAAAGCUUAGUCACUAUUUGGAUAUAGUGGAGGUGCUGAUAGCGAAGCAGGUUGCCGAAAAAUCAUCUGCAUUCUUCCAUGCAAUGACCUCUCAGGACGCCAUCAUGGAACAGAUGCGGGAGGCCACGACCCUCGUAUCGAGACUUCGCUCCCGCCUUAAGCUGAUCGACGAUACCAUCAUCCGCGAGUCGCUGCAAAUCAUCAGUCUGGAGAGGGUCCGUUCCAACAAUAACAUCGUCCUGGAGCGCCUGAAGCUGAUGUCUACGGUCCAUCAGACCCAGCCGAUGAUUCAGUUGCUUUUGAGCACCCAGGACUACGUGGCAGCGCUGGAUUUGAUCAGCACGACGCAGGAAAUUCUGAGUCAGGAACUGGUCGGGAUACAUUGCUUCCGGCACCUUCCAUCGCAGCUAACGGAGAUGGAACGGCUGAUCGAUAAAAUGUUGACGACAGACUUCGAGCGAUAUUCGACGUCUGAUUUGAACCGUCCCUUCGCGGGGGACAACGGGGUGGUCGAGAAGGUGUUGGAUGAAGAUAAGUUAAUUUGUAUUAUUUCGGGGCUGUUGAGAAAGCGAAACUUAGAUUUCAUAGAUACCUACAAACAGGAAGCGAUUACAACUGUUCGGGCCAUUGUGAAACAGAUGGUGAUCGAAGUCAUCGCUUCCGGGGAUGCGGAAGUGUGCUUAACCGGAGCAGGAGAGGAAGCGCAGAGUUUGUCCCUAUCGGAAUGGAUCGUGCUGUUGGAAACGGCAACGGUGACAUUGCUGAAGCUGCUGAGACGAGUACGAUCCGUGCAUGAUGUAAUGCAGCAGACGGCCGACGCAAGUGCUGGGAAAAUAACGGAUGACGUGAGUUUCAUAGAUACCGAAGCAUUCCUCUGUAUGGAAGACUACGAAGUGGUCAAGGCAAAGUUGGCCAAUUUAUUGCAAAGUGUUUGCAAUUAUUGUCACGAACGGUGCGCCAAUUUGGUAUCGAACCAGAGUCUGGAGAAAAGCUCCGUCAGCGCGGAUCAGAUAGCGAAGCUAACGGAAAUAGUAGAACGUUUUAGCGAUGGUUGUGAAGAAGUUUGUGGGAUACAAAGUGUCCCACUGAAGUUGGCAUUGCGAGCUCAAGGCACUAGAUACGCCCAAAAGUUCCACGCGGAGCGGAAAUCGAAAAUGGCUUUGCUUCUGGACAGUGAACGAUGGAAACAAGCUGAGGUUCCUGCGGAGUUCCAGAAGAUGGUGGAAAGCAUUUCCAAAGGAGUAUUCGUGUGGAACAAAGGUCCUGAAGUGAAUGGUACUCCAAUUUCGUCGCCUGCCCCACAAGCCGUUCUGAUGGUAGACGGACAACCGUUUGCAUUGGUUGGGGCAGCUCUGCUUUUAGUGCAAAUCGUAAGUGAAUAUUGUCGAUGCGCUUCUCAAUUACCCGUAAUCGCUUCGCAAUUGGCUCGUAACGUUAUUGACCUCUUGAGGACAUUUAACUCUCGUUCUUGCCAGCUAGUACUCGGAGCUGGCGCCUUACACGUGGCCGGUCUGAAAACAAUUACCAGCGGUAACCUUGCCCUUGUGUCUCGCGCUCUUCAACUAGUCCUUUGGCUACUGCCACACGUCAAACGUCAUUUCCAAUCCCUAGAACCAAAUGGAACCUCAACCGGCUCGACGACGAUCCUUACUGGGUACGAUUCCAUCGAGAAGGAUUUCGCUUCCCACAUUAAGGAGAUAGAGAAUAAAGUGUUGGCCAUCGUUUGCGAUCUUGUCACCAAUCAGAUGGCCAACUGGGACGCACGUCCUCCAGUCCCAUCACAGUCAUUCCGUAACAUUAGCCGGCAGUUUGUGAAACUGCACGAAGCGAUUGCGCCAAUUUUGCCCCAGAAACAGGUAGCUACCAUCUACCGGGUGGUACACAAGAACUUCAAGGACAAACUCCGGGAACAGCUGCUGCGGAACAACAUCACCAACAAUGGAGGUCCCCAGCACGGAACCGUCGUGUCCGAGUUGACCUUCUACAUGGAAACACUGCGAACGUUGAGGGCGAUGCCGGCGGAAGAACUGCGCGAUGAAACGUUGGAUGAUAUUUGGUUGAAGUAGAAAUGUGCACGUGGGACUUGAUUUUCUUUUGGGGGAUAAAUUUUGUGUUUUGGUCAGUUUAGCUAUGUUUCCGCUCCAUAGAAGUACCUCAUCAUAGAUUUUUUAAAAAUCUUCAUUUUACAAAGUAUUGCUUUUUAGACUAGAGGUCCGCUUCUGAUGAUGAUUAUAUUUUAUGUUUAAAUGUGUUGUAGGCGUUAAAUGGGUUGCAAGUCUAUUUCGAUUCAAAAAAUGUUGAUUAUGUUUUACAAUGCCUUUAAAAAAUGAAAAAAAAAACAUUUAUUUUUCGAUUAUCUGUUUUUAAACUGGAAUGCAAUUUGUUCGUGUACUUUUUUUUUUUAAAUUUUAAAUUGGGUCCAAAAAAAUAUUGAAACGAUGUCCUAUUAAUCAAGUUAUCAAAACAAGUGGCUGUCUUAUUGAGCUUAUUUGCAUUUUCUUGUUGUUUUUCGUUCGCAUAGUAAUUACGAGCAUUUUUCAACUUAGUCAAUCUAUUGCCAUUGAAUCCUUUGUUAAAUAUUAUGUUUCUUUUAUAUUUUGGUCAAGUCCACGAAAACACAUCUUUGUCAUGGAAAGUAUAACUUUUGUCGAUAACUUUACUACAACUAGCACGUUGUAUGGAUAGCUUA